GUUAACAGUUAUCGUAAAGUUUGUUAAUAAGAAUAUUUUUAUUAAUUGGUGUUACCAAGUUAAACUUUUAACUGAACAUGAUUUAACAAUCAUGGAUACGGAUGACAGUCGACUGGCAAACGCAGUCAACUUAAUGGCUGCUGUUAUGCCCCCCAUUGAAGUAUUCAUAAAAAAUAAUCCCAGAUUGCACCUGGAUGAAAAACUAGUCAACUGCCUGAUCGUGGACAUGGACUUCAAAGUGGCCGCUAUUAAAGUGACAAUACCGGUGCCCGAUCGAGAUGUGAGCGCACAGUGUGUAUCAGAUGUGGUUUAUAUGGUCACUAAAAAUGCGUUAACCGAGUGUACGGCCAAAUUGGACAGUAGUAUACGGCUUGAGAAAGCACUGACUAUAGCCACCCCACCUAAUAAUGGUAAAAUAGCCGAGGUUACAGUUGUGGGCAUAAUAACCGGGCUAAGUGCGUCUACAAUAGUUAAUCAGCCCAUGCCUACUACAUUGUAUAAUAAUGUUGACAACAUUGAGGCUAAGGUUGAGUACUAUAUGGUGUUCAGAUCACCGGAAAUCGAGAGCUACAGGAUUCAGAUCCGGGAACUCCUACAAGAGUACGAAAGGCUUAAGAAAAUGCAAUCCAAACGGCAAAACCACUUCUGGGAACUGGAGUCUGACAGCAAGACUCCCACACAUAGACCGCAACCAGAGGUUGAGAGUAGAGAUGAGGCACAGGGAUGGCGUAAAAGGCUGUGGAAUCGGUCGGACAGGCAUACGGUUAUUAAACUCACACAACAGGCCUUAGAAGUACCGGACGUUAUACCCCGCGCACCGGUAGACACCACUAGUAUUGGUGCGAGGUUUACACAGUCUAUUGAUUUAUCUACCGGUGCAAACGACUUGAGAGCUAAUAGCACCGUGAAAUUCAGUCGUUCGCAGUCUAUACCUAAUUAUGAGCACCGGGAGUAUACAUACGCCUCACAAACACCUGUCAAACAGCUAAACGUAAGCUAUUGGUUGGUGUCUACCGAUGCCGUACACGACAGCACCGACACUCAACACGGGUUGGCAGACACGACCCAAUACAUGGCUGACCACACGUCCCGCUCCCUAAUCCACGACAUACUGGUGCGCGAGUGGGCCAAUAGACCGGGAAAUAUGUGUCGCACGGAGUUCCUGUAUCACGUGCUGAACGUGUUUGUCACCCAUGGGGUUAGGGUGAGCCACCCGUCCAGCACCCGGCUAUUCGAGGCUAACGUAUCCAUAAUUAAAGAGUUUAUGAAGCGGUUGAAUGUCAAGGAACUGGUGGUGAUUGAAGUGGAACUACUGAUAGCCCUGGAGAACCUGGCUUACAGUGAGCCCAUGUUUAGAUCGACCAUUGGUGAGCUAAUGUACGUACUGUUAGUGAGG